AUGGAGCUGAGGAUCCCAGGUUUGGACCCCAAAGGUGGGCUGUCAAGAGAACGUCAGGCAGAAAGCAGUCCCCGACAAAGGAGGGAACUUCAUGCUCAUUUGAACGGCUGUAUCAGUUCUGCCACUAUGAAGAAACUUAUGGCCCAGAAGCCGUACCUUCAGAUCCAGAAUGGAAUGACUGUGAUUGACAAAGGAAAGAAGAGAACCUUAGAUGAAUGUUUUCAGAUGUUUCAGAUCAUCUAUCAGAUUACCACUAGGACUGAAGAUAUUUUACUGAUAACUAAAGAUGUUAUUAAAGAAUUUGCUGAUGAUGGUGUCAAGUAUCUGGAACUGAGGAGCACUCCUAGAGAAGAAAAGUCCACAGGUAUGACCAAAAGGAUGUAUGUUGAAACUGUACUUGAGGGUAUAAAGCAGUGUAAAGAAGAAGGCUUGGAUAUAGAUGUAAGAUUGUUAAUAGCCAUAAAUAGAAGAGGUGGCCCGGCAGUUGCGAAGCAGACUGUUAAACUUGCUGAAGAGUUCCUUCUUUCCACUGAUGGGGUUGUAGUAGGACUUGACCUCAGUGGUGAUCCCACCGCAGGACAUGGUCAAGACUUUUUGGAACCACUUUCAGAAGCAAAAAAAGCAGGUCUAAAGCUGGCGUUGCAUCUUUCAGAGAUUCCAAAUCAAGAAGAGGAGACCAAAAUUCUCCUGGGCCUGCCUCCUGACAGAAUUGGACAUGGAACAUUUCUCAACUCUGCAACAACAGGUUCAGAAGAGUUAGUGCCUCUUGUUCGACAGAAUCAUAUACCUAUUGAACUUUGCAUGACAUCAAACAUCAAAACUCAGACAGUGCCUUCCUGUGACAAACACCAUUUUGGAUACUGGUACAACAUGGGCCACCCGGCAGUGCUUUGUACUGAUGAUAAAGGCGUCUUUGCAACAGAUCUGUCGCAAGAAUACGAGCUGGUUGCAGAAACAUUUAAUCUGACUCGAUCACAGAUGUGGGAUCUUUCCUAUGAAUCAAUCAACUAUAUCUUUGCUUCAAGUGUAGUAAAAUCAAAGCUAAGGGAACAGUGGUGUAAACUGAAGCCAACUCUGUUUGAUUAAUCGAAGUGUUGUUCUAAAGAGCUCGGGUGUGUUAGCUUA